ACUCGGGCUAGUUAGUUAUCGUCCUGAAUGUUCGUAGCUUUCUGUACCACCCUUCAUUUCUCGCUAUGUGCCGAUUCGACGAUCUUCGAGUUUUGAUUCUCUUUUGUUAUUGCUCCUAUGAAUGAUACUUACGAUCCAGAUCUCGAUCGGGCUGCGCGGCGCCGCGAGCAGAAUCGGAUUGCGCAGAGAAAUCAUCGGAGACGAAAACAGCUCGCCCGACAGAACCAGCUGCAACAAUCCUCUCAUCAACAACCACAGCAACAUCAUGAGCCUCAGCAGCUCUGGCCCACAGAUUGCAGGAUGAAUCAUGAUGACGAUGAUGAGACUGCAUUAUCGUUUUCUUUCAAAAGGCAGCUGUGGGAGGGCGAACCUACCACCACUACCUUGCCGAAACAAGGCGGCAGGGUGAACGAUGGUCAUAUUGGAGAAAUGCAGCCCGAGCUCCUGGAUGUCUUUGAUAGCCUAACCCAGGAACCACCCUCGGCCAACUGGGACCCAGAACCAAUCUAUCCUUCUCCCUCUACAGACAAUGAACCACCAAGGGAGGUGAACGGAACGGCGAGCAAGAACAUCACCUUGCAACCGGUCUUGGCGCAUCAUGAACGUCGUACCCCCAAUGAUUCCGGUCGUGACUUGGACUCGAGAAGAGAGAGGCUGGCGCUACCCACCGCGUCACCACCGAUGAUGGACUCUUGCUCUCAUGCGCAAUCCAUCGUCGAACUGUCGUCACGUCCAGCGAUAGAGCCUCUGUCGCGAUGUCCAACAAGAGAUAGUCGCCUACAACAGCUCUCUCCAUCCAUGUCCAUAGUGGAUCAUGAAGAACUUGAGCGGCGAUCUCUGAGCGGUCGGGCGCGCACCUCUAGCUUCCGCCAGCGCCAACCUCGACGACCAUGCGAACACAACAGCCAUUAUCAAGCACGAACAAUGAGAAGCGAAAGCCAGGGGCAGACAUGUUUACAUCUGGCAGCCGCAAAGGGAUCCUGCGCACUCGUUCGAUAUUUCCUUGGUCGAGGCAUGCGGCCUGACACGCGCGAUGGUGAGGGCUUGACGGCUCUUCACCAUGCGAUCCGUGGCGGACACGAGGACACGGUUAACACGCUGCUUCUGGGAGGGGCAGAUAUCGAGGUAACAGACAGUCAUGGUCGCACCGCGUUGCAUUACGCCGUCGAGCAGAGGCAGGAUAAUAUAGUGAUCUUGCUGAUUCACAAGGGAGCUAACAUGCACGCAACUGUGUCUGGCCCGAUCAGAUGACGCUCCCUACACCUGAACGAAAAUCAACGACCCUUCGCUCAUCCAUAUUUCUCUCUGUCCGUGGGCCAAUCUCGCGGAACUGCGAUCUCUGCCUUCUGAAUGCAUGGUGACAGCUGGCAGCGCAGUUCCUCCUCGAGUGUGCGGUGCCCGCAAACAUCAUAAGAAAGCCGAUCAUCGAGAAGCUUGCUUUUUUUGCCUCGAAAUCGAAAGGAGCCGAUUGAACAUUGUACCCCGCUGAUUGUGCGAUAGAGUCUUGUCAUGCCUAAUGUCUCUCAGCGCGUUGGCAUCGUAUUGUACCUCCCCCCUCCCCCCUCAGGCUGCAUCUUUAAUGCCAUAAUGAGGUUUGAUGGCGUCCCUGGCUGGCUCCACCCCGGAUAAGUCAAUAUCUUCCAAGUCAACGCCCAUGUUACCGCCGUCGUCGGAUAUUGGUUGGCGUGGUAUCACAUCGAUAUCCGGCAGUUCACAUAUUCAAAGCCGCCCUGGUGGGAUUCAGCCACCAGGCAGCCGAUGUAAGAUGGGGAGGAGCUCCCGGCCUAGCAAAGGCUUGAUAUGUCAGUCGGGUGUUGAGAGUUGUUAUGAUAAAAUGGCAGAGAGUGACAUCAGAUAUAUAUGGGUGACACUCACGGAGGAACCAACCGUUCACCACUCAUGGCCAAGGAACGAUGGACAUCAGAAUCACAACAUAGCAGUGAUCCCACUUCCCGGGUCACCUAGUUGCCCACCCUUCCACACCU